AUGCUUUUUGCAGCUGACGCGCGAGUGUUACAGAUGUUCACAUAUACAGGUGGAGAAAAAGCCCAGCCCAGCGACCUCCUCUCCCUGUCAGCCAGUUCCAGUACGGACAUCGUUCCCGCUUGCAAUCCAGCUACCGGCAACGCGUAUUCCAACCUGCCAGCCGGGCAUUUCAGCGAAGCUGCCGCCCGCACACAUCGCAAUAAUUUUAUGGAUGUUUUGGAACUGCGGAAAUCUGUCGGCUAUCAAAAUCUUCCCAAUCUGCUCAUCUGCUCCGGUUAUACGGCACCGUAUGCGGGUCGGUAUUGGUAUCUAUCCAGAGAACGCAGCGAGAUGCUGCAGACAGCCGCAUUAAACAUAACAGCUGCCUACCAGGAAGCGUACGGGGAUUUACUCCACUCCUUCGAUGUGCUGCAAGCAUCGGCAGCACAGGGAUUCCUGCCGCACCAACCGCAAGCCACACCUGCACAAGCAGUUUGGGCAGCUAAAAGAACGCUAGAAGAUCGCAUGUUCCGAUUAUGCCGCUUCACUGCUAUGCUGCCGUCAUUUCAGAACUUGGGUAACGAGGAUAGAAGAACGUUACUGGCGGAAAAGUAUCUGAUCUCGAUCAUGAUAACCAAUGCCCGAUAUUAUUACCGAAGCGGCUAUUACAUUUAUCUCACCGGCUCCGAUCCGGCCGAUUGUAUCCACUACUGCCGCGACGUCAGGGAACAACUGCAGUUAGACCCUGAUUUUGUGCAGUUUAUUGACAAGUUCAAUGUCAUGUUCAAUGAUCUGGGAUUGACGGUGACAGAGACAUACAUGCUGCUAACCGUCGCGCUCUUCGCAGCAGGUUAUGUGACCGAAAUCGUUGACAAACCGACCAUGCGCUAUCUGCACGCUAUUUACUUGGACGCUCUGUUCUAUUUGGUGGGACACCGGCUAAAUCCCGCGGAGCGACUGCCGGUGUAUGCCAAAGUGGAGACGUUGAUGACCAUGUUCCCACUGGUGGAUCGCAUCACCGCUAACUACCUAAGCCAUGUGAAGAUUCCCAGUAUUCCAAUGAGACCCGAAUCAGUUGUAUUUCGCGAUUGCGUAGGACAGUGA